AUGGACCCAGCGAGCCCACGCCAUGAAGCGUUCGAUGACGCUGAGCGAGAUGGAGUUGAGAAACCGAAACCGCGAACGCUCCCGGACGAUCUACCGACGUCCUUGGAUGACCGCCGGAAUGUGCCCAUCUACACAGCGGAGACGGAGAUGUAUGAUGGCUGGCAAGGCCAAUCGCAAUUCCUGACUAGCCCCGUCCCCACGAAGCCAUUGACGUUUAACCUCUCCCUUGACGACCCGACACAUGAUGAUGAUGACCUUGAUUUUCGGACCCGAUUAGGCUCCCACAUGGAAAAUGGAGGGAAGGACGACAGUGAUGCGCGGCUAAUGGAGAUGCUGGCAGCUCAGGCCGCGCAUAGAGAUGUGGAAACGGAAGGUGCUGAUGAAGAUGACGUUGCUGCGGAUGGGAAGAUGUCGGAUGGGCAGAAGCGGGAUAUUCUACAGAGGACCUUGAACAUGGCGGCUAGCAAUGGUGACGUUACAAGGGUAAGGAGGAUAUUGGACGGGGAAGCGAGUCAAUAUGUGGAUGUUAAUCUUCCAGAUGAAGAGGGCACGGCGCCCUUGAUAUACGCUAGCUGUUUUGGCCACCAAGACGUGGUGACUGCAUUACUGGAGGCCGGCGCACGGGUUGACGAGCAAGACCGCAACCAAUGGAGUGCAUUAAUGUGGGCAAUGACCAAUCGGCAUAAAACCAUCGCAAAGAUUUUGCUUGACUACGGGGCGUCGCCUAAUAUUAGGUCGUCUUCCGGAGGCACAGCGUUUGACUUUGUGCAGCCUGGAACGGACAUAUCGAACUAUCUGCAUGAGAACGGGUAUCAUUUUGGAUCUUCCGGCAUCGAAGGCGAUUUUUACGAUUCUGGUUUCGGCGGUCGGUUCGAGGAGGAAAUGGCCGAAAAUGAGAUGAAAAGAAGAAUGAUGAUGGAAGAAAGCGCCAUGAAUCUAGAAGUUGAUUUGUCAAGCUUAGGACUCGACGAGAAGCUUGAUUCUCCUGAUGAAUUCGAAGACCAGCAAGAAUUUGUCUGGGAUCGUUGUCUCCACGAUCAGAUGUUCGUCUUCCAGGAAAAUGAGCUGGAUAAGAUACUGGAUAUCGUGGUUACCAAUAUGACGCCGCAGCGGUCUCCGUCCCAGAAGCCCAUUCCUGCAAACGUUUUAUUCCUUUGCGCUCGGUACGCCCACUACCAUGCCAGUCCAGAGCUUCUUGGGACAUUGCUACUAUCCGCAACGGAUAGGAUAAACGAAGUGGUAGAGAAACAUCAGUGGGAUAUGACAAUUCUGGCGUUCUGGAUAUCGAAUGCUACGUUGUUACUUCACUAUCUCAAGAAAGACGGAGAGUUAGUAUCCUCAACAGUCGAAUUUCAACUCCAUCUUGCAGAACUCAUCAAUGAUAUUUUUAUCCUCGUUAUUCGAGAUGCUGAACGCCGGAUGGAUAAGUUCUUCGAUAACGCAAUGCUGGAACAUGAGACUAUUCCCGGGUUUGAAGAUGUCCAUUUCCAAAAUGAAUGGAAACUAUUCCGGUCGAAGUCCAAAGUUAAACCCGAGCCCUUGGAGAAAAGAAUGAGGCCGCCUUCUCCCAAGCGGCGAGCAGAAAUCUCUCCACGAAACAUCACGUCUUUACUUGCUUCGACCCUGUUUGUGCUAGAUCUUUAUGAUGUGCACUCGGUCAUUACGGCCCAGAUACUGUCUCAGCUGUUUUACUGGCUAGGCGCAGAGCUCUUCAAUCGGAUUAUGACAACAAGACGGUAUCUCGCGCGCACGAAAGCAAUGCAAAUCAGAAUGAAUGUAUCGGCGCUGGAAGACUGGGCGCGAUCAAACAACCGACAGCCAGAGCACUACGAAAAUGGGUCGUCGACGUGUACAGGCGAGAGCACGGUCGAAGCGGCUCGCAAGCAUCUUGAGCCUGUUGUGGAGUUGUUGCAAUGGCUUCAGUGCUUUUCAUCGCUGGGCGACGAUAUAGACUCUCUCGUUGCGACUUUACAGCAAUUACCUCGCCUCACACCCAUACAGCUCCUCCAUGCGGUAAAACUAUAUCGACCGGAAGUAGGCGAAAAGGGGCUCCCGAAGAGCGCAAUGAAAUAUCUCACAGCACUACAAGACGAUCCAUCCCUGCUCUACCGGCCUACGUCUCCAAGGCCCGAAAAUACCCCUAAAUCUCCACAGCUGCGUGCAGAGCCAACAACGCCUACGAUAGCUGCUUCCCCUAAUAAAGACACCCCCCGGCACUCGGCUGAAAUACCGGCGCCGAAAACACCUCAACUCCAGCCGCCCGUUCCUUCACGGCAAUCUCCCCUGCAAUCGUCUCCGCAGCCCACCAUCUCUGCCACGGACCGCACCACCUUGCUGCUCGAUCCGUCGAUGACCCUUCCGUUCUCCCUCCCGACGAGCACGGAUAUGCUCAUUAGCUACGGCGCUGGAUUUGGAGGAACCAACCGAGAUCGUGAAAGAAAGUACAUCCCAACCGUGCCCACAGAGUUUUUGGCCAAGUUUGAUAGGAAUUAA